UAAACCCCAACAACAACAACUCGUUAGUUCAACGGUGUUGGCUGUCAGUGCCACUAUAAACCCCAACAACAACAUAUCGUUAGUUUACAUUUUACAAUACAACCCGUGUACACCACGGAAUAAAUAUUUCUUGUGCAAAUUGUUACUUUGAGGUAGACUGGCGCAGCCAGUUAUUACUUAGUACUGAGUAUGCAAAAAUGUUGCUUCAGUGUAUGGGCAAAAAUAACCAGCAUUGGAUAAAGUUUUGGCUACAGUCCACAAAUUUUCAGUUGAGAAUACAUAAUUGCAAAAUUGCAAACUUAAGUAUUAGCAAUCUUUGUAAUUUUAUGAUGAAACAUAAUUUAAGUAAUGGAAAAGGUUUUGUUUAUGAUACUAAAAUUAAUCAUGCUCAAAGAUCAUUUCAUAGGUUAACUGUGAACCCUUACCUUUCUUUAACUGUAAAUAAAACGUAUCCAUUACAAAGAAUGCAUACGAGCAUAUUCUGUCUCGGUAAGAACAUAGAUAAAUCAAGAGUACCAAUACUGAAUGAAGAAGAUUUGGAAGAAAGCUUUGUGAGAGGGAGUGGACCAGGUGGACAGUCCGUUAAUAAGACAUCAAGUGCUUGUGUGAUCAAACACAUACCUACAGGUUUUGUUGUUAAGUGCCACGAACAGCGAAGUUUGCAAAGAAAUCGAGUGAGGGCUCGUCAGCUGAUGAUCAACAAAUUGGAUAUUCAUUUUAAUGGAGAAAUGAGUGUAGAAGCUCAGCACAAGAGAAUCCAGGAUGUAAAAAAUUCCAAAGCACUCAAAAAAUCACUGAAACGAGAAAGUAUGAAAAAGGCUUGGAAAGAAAGAGAAGGUAUCGAAUAAACAUUAAAUUAGUAGAAACUAAAUACUGUACUGUAGAGAGCUGGGCUUAUUUACUCUUCAAGGGAAAGGUGUCUUGAAGCUGGUGAAGAGUUAAAGAUCUAAGAAAGUGAACAUACUCUUCCCUUCCUUUAGUGCUCACUUUCAGUGUAGGUAGUAGGUUCAUAGACAGCAACCACCCAGGGAAGUACUACCAUCCUGCCAGAUGACUGUGAAACAGAAACCUGUAACUGUUUUGCAUGAUGGUAGGAUUGCUGGUUUCUUUUUCUGUCUCAUAAACACGCUAGAUAACAGGGAUAUCUUGCUACUCCUACUUGCACUUUGGUCACACUUCACAGACACACACAUGCAUAUAUAUAUACAUACAUCUAGGUUUUUCUCCUUUUUCUAAAUAGCUCUUGUUCUUCUUUAUUUCUUCUAUUGUCCAUGGGGAAGUGGAAAAGAAUCUUUCCUCCGUAAGCCAUACGUGUCGUAUGAGGUGACUAAAAUGCCGGGAGCAAUGGGCUAGUAACCCCUUCUCCUGUAGACAUUUACUAAAAAAGAGAAGAAGAAAAACUUUAUAAAACUGGGAUGCUUGAAUGUGCGUGGAUGUAGUGCGGAUGACAAGAAACAGAUGAUUGCUGAUGUUAUGAAUGAAAAGAAGUUGGAUGUCCUGGCCCUAAGCGAAACAAAGCUGAAGGGGGUAGGGGAGUUUCGGUGGGGGGAAAUAAAUGGGAUUAAAUCUGGAGUAUCUGAGAGAGUUAGAGCAAAGGAAGGGGUAGCAGUAAUGUUGAAGGAUCAGUUAUGGAAGGAGAAAAGGGAAUAUGAAUGUGUAAAUUCAAGAAUUAUGUGGAUUAAAGUAAAGGUUGGAUGCGAAAAGUGGGUCAUAAUAAGCGUGUAUGCACCUGGAGAAGAGAGGAAUGUAGAGGAGAGAGAGAGAUUUUGGGAGAUGUUAAGUGAAUGUAUAGGAGCCUUUGAACCAAGUGAGAGAGUAAUUGUGGUAGGGGACCUGAAUGCUAAAGUAGGAGAAACUUUUAGAGAGGGUGUGGUAGGUAAGUUUGGGGUGCCAGGUGUAAAUGAAAAUGGGAGCCCUUUGAUUGAGCUUUGUAUAGAAAGGGGUUUAGUUAUAGGUAAUACAUAUUUUAAGAAAUAGAGGGGCCACAGAUAUAUCAGAUCACUUUCUAGUUGUAGCUACACUGAGAGUAAAAGGUAGAUGGGAUACAAGGAGAAUAGAAGCAUCAAGGAAGAGAGAAGUGAAGGUUUAUAAACUAAAAGAGGAGGCAGUUAGGGUAAGAUAUAAACAGCUAUUGGAGGAUAGAUGGGCUAAUGAGAGCAUAGGCAAUGGGGUCGAAGAGGUAUGGGGUAGGUUUAAAAAUGUAGUGUUGGAGUGUUCAGCAGAAGUUUGUGGUUACAGGAAGGUGGGUGCGGGAGGGAAGAGGAGCGAUUGGUGGAAUGAUGAUGUAAAGAGAGUAGUAAGGGAGAAAAAGUUAGCAUAUGAGAAGUUUUUACAAAGUAGAAGUGAUGCAAGGAGGCAAGAGUAUAUGGAGAAAAAGAGAGAGGUUAAGAGAGUGGUGAAGCAAUGUAAAAAGAGAGCAAAUGAGAGAGUGGGUGAGAUGUUAUCAACAAAUUUUGUUGAAAAUAAGAAAAAGUUUUGGAGUGAGAUUAACAAGUUAAGGAAGCCUAGUGAACAAAUGGAUUUGUCAGUUAAAAAUAGGAGAGGAGAGUUAUUAAGUGGAGAGUUAGAGGUAUUGGGAAGAUGGAGGGAAUAUUUUGAGGAAUUGUUAAAUGUUGAUGAAGAUAGGGAAGCUGUGAUUUCGUGUAUAGGGCAAGGAGGAAUAACAUCUUGUAGGAGUGAGGAAGAGCCAGUUGUGAGUGUGGGAGAAGUUCGUGAGGCAGUAGGUAAAAUGAAAGGGGGUAAGGCAGCCGGGAUUGAUGGGAUAAAGAUAGAAAUGUUAAAAGCAGGUGGGGAUAUAGUUUUGGAGUGGUUGGUGCAAUUAUUUAAUAAAUGUAUGGAAGAAGGUAAGGUACCUAUGGAUUGGCAGAGAGCAUGCAUAGUUCCUUUGUAUAAAGGCAAAGGGGACAAAAGAGAGUGCAAAAAUUAUAGGGGGAUAAGUUUGUUGAGUAUACCUGGUAAAGUGUAUGGUAGAGUUAUUAUUGAAAGAAUUAAGAGUAAGAUGGAGAAUAGGAUAGCAGAUGAACAAGGAGGCUUUAGGAAGGUAGGGGGUGUGUGGACCAGGUGUUUACAGUGAAACACAUAAGUGAACAGUAUUUGGAUAAGGCUAAAGAGGUCUUUGUGGCAUUUAUGGAUUUGGAAAAGGUGUAUGACAGGGUGGAUAGGGGGGCAAUGUGGCAGAUGUUGCAGGUGUAUGGUGUAGGAGGCAGGUUACUGAAAGCAGUGAAGAGUUUUUACGAGGAUAGGGAGGCUUAAGUUAGAGUAUGUAGGAAAGAGGGAAAUUAUUUCCCAGUAAAAGUAGGCCUUAGACAAGGAUGUGUGAUGUCACCGUGGUUGUUUAAUAUAUUUAUAGAUGGGGUUGUAAGAGAAGUAAAUGCGAGGGUCUUGGCAAGAGGCGUGGAGUUAAAAGAUAAAGAAUCACACAUAAAGUGGGAGUUGUCACAGUUGCUCUUUGCUGAUGACACUGUGCUCUUGGGAGAUUCUGAAGAGAAGUUGCAGAGAUUGGUGGAUGAAUUUGGUAGGGUAUGCAAAAGAAGAAAAUUAAAAGUGAAUACAGGAAAGAGUAAGGUUAUGAGGAUAACAAAAAGAUUAGGUGAUGAAAGAUUGGAUAUCAGAUUGGAAGGAGAGAGUAUGGAGGAGGUGAAUGUAUUCAGAUAUUUGGGAGUGGAUGUGUCAGCGGAUGGGUCUAUAAAAGAUGAGGUGAAUCAUAGAAUUGAUGAGGUUUUGUGUGCGAGGGGCUUGGACUUCCAGCAGGCAUGCGUGAGCGUGUUUGAUAGGAGUGAAUGGAGACAAAUGGUUUUUAAUACUUGACCUAUUGGAGUGUGAGCAAAGUAACAUUUAUGAAGGGGUUCAGGGAAACCGGCAGGCCGGACUUGAGUCCUGGAGAUGGGAAGUACAGUGCCUGCACUCUGAAGGAGGGGUGUUAAUGUUGCAGUUUAAAAACUGUAAUGUAAAGCACCCUUCUGGCAAGACAAUGAUGGAGUGAAUGAUGGUGAAAGUUUUUCUUUUUCAGGCCACCCUGCCUUGGUGGGAAUCGGCCAGUGUGAUAAUAAAAAAUAAAAUAAAUUUCAGUGUAAUAAUAAUAUGCAUGCAAACCCUUGUAAUUUCUUCAGUGAAAGUAUUGUAAACUGUUGAUUAAUUUGGCCUUUAACAAUAAAAACAAUUCCUUUCAAAGAGGGAAGAUACACUGAUACUGAAGAAUGGCUCUUGACCUAAGGAAUUAGAGAUGCCUUCUCCUUCCUUGGAUCAAGCCAGAUUACCUUCCAGUCCUUAGGUGCUGUAUGACCAUUGUGAAUUUAGUGUUUUUCCAUGAAUAUAAUAUGAAGUCAUUUGGUUAAUUACACACUCAUAUGGGUUUGAGAUCUAGUCUUUAAACAUUGCAGUGAGGAAUUCGCUAGAAUCAUUUGAGAUGAUGAUAAUAAUAAUAAUAAUAAUCUUUAUUUUCUACAAGUACAUAUACAAGGUAUACAGGCCUAGCUGACAUCAAUGACAUACUUCUAUAUAGAAAACCCCUUGUUAUGCAGAGCAUUUCAGGCAAAUGAGGUCAGUUGUGUCCUGGGAUGCGACUCACACCAGUCGACUAACACCCAGGUACCCAUUUUACUGAUGGGUGAACAUUGGACAGUAGUUGACUUAUGGAAACAUGCCCUAAUGUCUUCCAGCUGUACUAGGGUAUUGAUGCCCGGACCACAGUGUGUGAGCUGAGUGUGCUAGUGAGCAAGCUACGGGUCAUGUUUGAGACUAUCGUAUUUUGUGAAUAUGCUGAAAAUGAAGAACAGAAAUUAGAAGACUAUGUGGGUAUAAAAAGUAUUAUUCAGAGGGUGUAGGAGGGGUUGUUGAGAUGGUUUGAUCAUUUUAAAAAAUGGAGAAUAGGUUGACCAAGAGGGUACAUAUUUCUUGGGUGGAUGGAAGAAUAGAUAUAGGUCAUCCCAAAAAGGGCGAAUAUUAGGGGCAUGCACAUGUGAACAUAGCAGAUCUGAGUUAAGGGUUCUUAAUCUGAAUAACUGAAUUCAUCUUUUUCCUUGGAUUGAACCUGAAUGCCUCUGACAGACUAGGCAGAACGUGAUUCUUGCGGGUUUAUUAAAAUAUCCAUAAUUAAAGUAAAAUAAAUCAUAGGUUUCUUGAUGGUGGAGAAGCUCUUACUUUUAGGAUUUUGAAAUGUAUUCUCUUUUCUUAUUCAAACUUGAGUGCCUCUCAUUUCCCAGACACUAUAUGACCCCCUAUGAGUUUAGCCCUUUCUCCUAAAAAUAUAUACUAUUUUUAAUUAGAGAAGCACUCCUGAAAAUUGGGAGGCAUUCAGGUUUGAUCCCAGGAGCAACUAAGAUCUGUUUCUUGACUGAAGAGCCCCUCACCAGCAUUAAAUUAAGACACCUUUCCUGAUUGGAGUGAGUGUAAACAAGUGAUUUUGGGAUUUGAGAUGCUCUCAUCUCCAGUCUUGAGGUGGGAAGUGCAGUGCCUGCAUUCUGCAGGACAUGUGGCAAUGUUCCAAUUCAGAGGGUCAUUUGUAUUGUGAUGUCCAUGUAUUUCUAGAAAGACACUCAUGAAAGUGAUGGUGCAUGUGGUUCCUCAUUUGAGUAACUGUUUUAAUGGGGAAAUGACCAAUGUAAAAAGAAAAUCACUUGAGGACUGGUAAUUCUAAACAUCAUAAUAAUUACAGCCUGAGUGUUCACUUUUGGCAAGGUUUAAAAUAAAUUAAAAAAUUAUACAAAGUUCUUUUCAUGCAGCUAUUUAAUAAAUUUUGUAUUAACUUCAUACAUACAAAAGUAAAUAUGUUGCCAGAUAGUCAUAAUUUUUUUUGUUAUAGGCAGCUGAAAUUGGAUCUCAAGAAAUUGAACAUAACAGUUAACGGUGGUUAUCACUAGAGGUGUUAAACAUAGCUGUUUACAGUGGUGAUCAUUAGAGUUGUUGAACAAAACUGUUGUCAGUAGUAAUCUUUAGAAAUAUUGAACAUAACAGACAACAAUGGUAAUUGUUAGAGAUGAACAUAUUAACAGUGGCAAUCAUUAGAGGUGCUGAACAUAACAAUUAACAGUGGUAUUCAUUAAACCCCUUCACAGGGCAAUCUUGAAAAUAUGAGAUUUUCGAAAUGUAUUUCCUAUGAGUGGAUAGAGUAGCUCAAUGUCAGAUAAAUAACCCCAUAUAAAUGGAAUUGUGAAAGUUACUUGUCACUACACUUCCUUUCUUUGGGUCAAACCAGAUUACUGUUUUCCCUUGAAUAUUGCUGUAGCCAGAACUCUGGUUUACCCACAUGUUUUCCAGUAGUAUUAACAACAGAGGCUUUAGUAUGAUUAAAAAUUUUAAAUUAAAAUUAGAGUAGACCAUCGAUUAACACCCAAUCCUCUAACAUGCUUUCUAUAGUAUUUUUUUGUUUUCAACAAGUUGGCUGUUUCCCACCGAGGCAGGGUGACCCAAAAAGAAAGAAAAUCCCCAAAAAGAAAAUACUUUCAUCAUCAUUCAACACUUUCACCUCACUCACACAUAAUCACUGUUUUUGCAGAGGUGCUCAGAACACAACAGUUUAGAAGUAUGUACGUAUAAAGAUACACAACAUAUCCCUCCAAACUGCUAAUAUCCCGAACCCCUCCUUUAGAGUGCAGGCAUUGUACUUCCCAUUUCCAGGACUCAAGUCCGGCUAUAUAAAAAUAACCAGUUUCCCUGAAUCCCUUCACUAAAUAUUACCCUGCUCACACUCCAACAGAUCGUCAGGCCCCAAAUACCAUUCGUCUCCAUUCACUCCUAUCGAACACGCUCAUGCACGCCUGCUGGAAGCCCAAGCCCCUCACCCACAAAACCUCCCUUACCCCUGCCUUCCAACCUUUUCGAGGACGACCCCUACCCCGCCUUCCUUCUCCUACAGAUUUAAAUGCUCUCCAUGUCAUUCUACUCUGAUCCAUUCUCUCUAAAUGACCAAACCACCUCAACAACCCCUCAUCAGCCCUCUGACUAAUACUUUUAUAUGCUGUUGCAAAAUUGUGGCAUAUUUUUGAUGAUCAUACUGUGAAAUUCAUCUAGCACGGUGCAACUUUUAGGUAAAAAUAGAUAUUAUCCUGCACAAAAGGCUAGUAACUGCUGAUUUCACUAUAACUGCACAUUGCUAUGCCAUUAACAGUCAUUCAGUUGCUCUAGCUGUAUUUACACAAAUGUUGAAUGUGUUAUUGAUAGAUAAAGUGUGGAAAGUAAACAAAAAGUGAAGGAAUAAUCUUGUGGCACUACCAUAAUAAAUGGAUGAAAUUCUGAAGGGCCACCACAGUAUGUAUACACUGUUUACUAAUAAAUUGUCACCAGGGGUCUCAGAAUAACUAACAAACAGAUGUGAUUAAAUUAGUUGAUUCCUGCACACCAGUCAAUACAUGUAGUGUUCAUAUCCUCAGCGUCAUGUACUACAAUGUGAGGAUGCCGGACACAAUGUUAUAUACAAAUUGAGUUCUCAUGAACUACACUUGUCCAUGAGAGUGACUCCCCCAGUGUUUAUAUACUCUCUGCUUAUCUUCCUUUGCAUAAUAAAGGUUAAAAAGUGAAAGGAACCUGGAUAUAAUGUGUAUCCAGUACCUGCUUCAUAUACAUUUGUGCAUUAGUUUAAUUGGUGCACUGGUAUAAUAUUUUUUUUUUUAUUAACACAUCGGCUGUUUCCCACCAAGGCAGGGUGGCCCAAAAAAGAAAAACUUUCAUCAUUCACUCCAACACUGUCUUGCCAGAGGCAUGCUUACACUACAGUUAUAAAACUGCAACAUUAACACCCCUCCAUCAGAGUGCCGGCACUGUACUUCCCAUCUCCUGGAAUCAAGUCCAGCCUACGAGUUUCCCUGAAUCCCUUCAUAAAUGUUACCUUGCUUAUACUCCAACAGCAUGUCAAGUCCUAAAAACCAUUUGUCUCCAUUCGCUCCUCUCUAACAUGCUUACACAUGCUUGCUGGAUGUCCAAGCCCCUCACACACAAAACCUCCUUUACCCCCUCCCUCCAACCUUUCCUAGGCAGACCCCUACCUGCCUUCCCUCCACUACAGAUUUUUCCACUCUUGAAGUCAUUCUAUUUCAUUCCACCCUCUCUACAUGUCCAAACCAUCUCAAAAAUCCCUCCUCAGCUCUCUGGAUAAUAUUUUGGUAAUCCCACACCUCCUAAUCUCCAAAUUAUGGAUUCUCUGCAUUAUAUUCACACCACACAUUACCCUCAGACAUGGCAUCUCCACUGCCUCCAGCCUUCUCCUUGUUGCAACAUUCACAACCCAUGCCUCACAUCUAUACCAGAGCCUUGGUAUAACCAUACUCUCAUACAUUCUCCUCUUUGCUUUCAUGGAUAAAAUUCUUUGCCUCCACAGACUCUUCAGUGGUCCACUGAGGAGUCUGUGGUGCAAUGAGUAUAAUAAUAAUAAUAAUGUUUAUUUUGACAUGAUACAUUGUUGUACAAAGGAAUGUAAUAGUUGGGUGUGCAUGCCAAAAGCCCCUCUGUAUGCAGAGCAUUUUGGGCAAUAAACUAACUACAAUGUAUAUGAGGAUUUGUUGUUGUCAGUGGUAGUGUUAUUUACUGUCAAACCAUUGAUCUACAUUUUACUGCUAGCAUUUUGAAUAUUUUGAAGUUAGGGCCAGUACUUACCGAGAUAUAAGGUAGCAAAGUUGGCACUAGAUGCUUAUGUGAUGGCAACAUGAAGUCCUGCAGCUUGCAGACAUGCUGCCAGUAUACCUUUUUUUUUUUCUCUCUCUUUUUUUAAUUUACAUAAUUUUUAUGUUUUGAUAAUUGCAGUUUAUAGUAGCUCUUGUGGUUUUGUAGCCAAUAUUUGUUCUGACACUAAUAUUAGGUAUGGAAAUAGUAAUCAAACAGUCACAAACACAAUGAAGGAGAAAGAUCUUGGGAUGAGUAUAAUACCGAGCACAUCUCCAGAAGCACACAUCAACCAGAUAACUGCUGCAGCAGAUGGGUGUCUGGCAAACCUGAUACCUCAGUAAGGAAUUGUUCAAGACUCUGUUACAACACCAUGUAUGUCAGGCCCAUACUGGAGUAUGCAGUGCCAGUUUGGAACCCACACCUGGUCAAGCACAUCAAGAAAUUAGAUAAAGUGCAAAAGUUUGCAACAAGGCUAGUUCCAGAGCUAAGGGAAAUGUCCUACAAAGAAAGGUUAAGGAAAAUCGGUCUGACAAUACUGGAGGACAGGAGGGUUAAGGGAGACAAUAACGACAUACAAAAUACUGCAAGGAAUAGAUAAGGUGGACAGAGACAGGAUGUUCCAGAGAGAGGGGACACACACAAGGGGUCACAAUUGGAAGUUGAAGACAGAUGAAUCAAAGGGAUGUUAGGAAGUAUUUCUUCAGUCAGAGUUGUCAGGAAGUGGAAUAGUCUUGCAAGUGAUGUAGUGGAAGCAGGAACCAUGCAUAGUUUUAAGACGAGGUAUGAUAAAGCUCAUGGAGCAGGGAGAGAGAGGACCUAGUUGCAGCCAGUGAAGAGGCAGGGCCAGGAGUUGAGUCUGUACCCCUGCAACCACAAUUAGGUGAGUACACUGACAAGUGAACAUGCUCACCUGCCUUGGUCACAUACUAUUCUCUAUAAAUAUAUACAAAUUAUUUAUAGAUCCCAGCAAUGUUUUUAGAAGUGCUGGAAUAUGAAACUCCUUGAAGCACAAUGUCAGACAAGAGAUUAAAAAGAAAAAGAUUAAAAAUUUUAUUUCUUUGCAAAGAUUACAAUGUGUAAUUACAAUUUUGACUUCAGUACAAAGAAAGCCACUAUCUAUCAUGCCAGGGCAUGAUAGUGCAGAGAGUGUCACUCAGCACUGCUGAUGCAGUCAGUAUUGCUGAUUGUGCACUGCUCCAAGUGAGCAUUGGCAUAUGUUUUUUAUUUGUUUUCACUGUUACACUCUUUGUCUGUCUGAGAGAGCUGCUCAUGAACCAACAGGUAUUACACAUGUUGCAGAAGCAUCAUUUCUGAACAAGUGGAAAGAUACAGCCGUGGCUGAAAUGUGUAUUACUUGCCAGUCAUACUUGUGACUUAUAUCUACAAGCACAGUAUAGCACUUUGUCUGGCUUUUUUGGGUUAUCCUAGGUAAAUUACACUGUGUAUGAUAAAUGUACUUGUGUGUACCUGUGCCUAAAUAAUCGUAGUUCUUGAUUCUAAUUCAUGAGCGGCUCUCUCUGAAACAGACAAGCAGAGAGAGAAACAGAGCUAGCUAGCCAACCAACCAGCAAGCCAUCCAGCUGAACAUGUAUCACGGAUGUUGCAGAAUCGUCUCUCUCUCUACUUAGGGCAUAGGUGAUAGGACAUUCUGGCAGGAUGACACUACCAGUUCCAUCAAAAUUUCAAAAUUAAAAGGAUGUGGCAAAAAUGCUGCACAUAGGGGCUCUGGUGGCCUGGUGGUUAACGCUCUCGCUUCACACGGUGAGGGCCUGGGUUCGAUUCCCAGCCAGAGUAGAAACGUUGGACGUGUUUCUUUCCACCUGUUGUCUAUGUUCCCCAUCAGUAAAAUGGGUACCUGGGUGUUAGUCGACUGGUGUGGGUCGCAUCCUGGGACACUGACCUAAGGAGGCCUGGUCACAGACCGGGCCGCGGGGGCGUUGACCCCCGGAACUCUCUCCAGAUCUCUCCAGAAUAGGUUAUUAUUUAGGUUUUUGAUAUUUCCUUGAACACUUGUUGCCACAUCCAUCUCAAAGCCACUAAAUUCGGGGUGAACAUCACUUUCCUCCUAAAAGCAGUGUUAAUAUGACGUGGCAUUUGUGAAUCCCUGGGGUUUGCCAUGCUCUAGCUGGUGCUCAACUGAGCUGAUACUCCCACAAGGUAUGUGGUCCCAGAUUUUUUAAUACAGUGGACCCCCGCCUUAUGAACGCAUUGCGUUACGUUAAAUGCACCAUACGAAGCAUUUGAACGCAAAAAUUUUGCCUCGCCUCAUGAUAAAAAACUCGUCUUACGUGAUUCGUCCGGGACACGUCCCACGGGUGGCCUCAGCACCAGUGUUUACAAGCCAGCCAGUGCGGUCGCAUCUACGCAUGCAUUCGGUACAUUUCACAUUAUCCCAGUGUUUUUAGCGCUUGUAACUGCAAAAUAAGUGAGGUAGUAGGUUGGUAGACAGCAACGCCCAGGGAGGUACUACCGUCCUGCCAAGUGAGUGUAAAACGAAAUUCUGUAAUUGUUUUACAUGAUGGUAGGAUUGCUGGUUUCCAUUUUUCUGUCUCGUAAACAUGCAAGAUUUCAGGUACGUCUUGCUACUACUUCUUACACUUAGGUCACACUGCACAUACAUGUACAAGCAUAUAUAUAUGUACACACCCCUCUGGGUUUUCUUCUAUUUUCUUACUAGUUCUUGUUCUUGUUUAUUUCCUGUUCUAUCCAUGGGGAAGUGGAACAGAAUUCUUCCUCCGUAAGCCAUGCGUGUUGUAAGAGGCGACUAAAAUGCCGGGAGGAAGGGGCUAGUAACCCCUUCUCCUGUAUAUAUUACUAAAUGUAAAAGGAGAAGCUUUCGUUUUUCCUUUUGGGCCUCCCCGCCUCGGUGGGAUACGCCCGGUGUUGAAAGAAGAACUGCAAAAUAAGUCACCAUGGACCCCAAGAAAGCUUCUAGUGCCAUCCCUGUGGUAAAAAGGGCGAGAAUUAGUAUGGAAUUGAAAAAAGAGAUUAAGGAAAUGUGUGCAAAGUGGGUUGAACUGCAAACCUUUACGGAUGAAAAUCACCCUGACACAGCUACUGCAAGCCAUGUUGGCAACCUGUACAAUGACUCAGUAAUAAACUCAGCAUUGUAAUCCUUAUAGAGAAUAAACUUUGAAUUUGAAUUUGAAUGACAAUUUUAUGGCCCAUUUUAGAAAAGUCUUAAAGGAACGGGAGGUACAGAGCUUUAUGGACAGAUUUGUUGUGCGACAGAGGUUCAGUGACUCUCAAGGUAGUCCUAGUGGCAUUAAAAGAAGGGAAGUAACCUCAGAAAAGGACUUGCUACCUCAAGUCCUAAUGGAAGGGGAUUCCCCUUCUAAACAAUGACUUCCACACACUCUCCUCCUCCCAUCCCAUCAAUCAUCACCAGAUCUUCAGUAAAGGUACGUGUCAUGUAUUCUAUUCUUAGUAGAGUAGUAAUUGUGCAUGUCUUCUCCAGUUUGUAUUAAAAUUAAUAUUUCAUGUGGUAAAAAUUUUUUUUUUCAUACUUUGGGGUGUCUGGAACGGAUUAAUUUGAUUUCCAUUACAGUGGACCCUCGACCAGCGAUGGCAUCGAUUAACGAUAAAUCUGACUAGCGAUACAUUUUAUCGCAAAAAUUUUGCCUCGAUUAGCGCUAAAAAACUCGACCAACACUAUUCCUUCCGUCUGAGACGCGACCACUUCUGGCCAGUGUUUACAAGCCAGCCAGCCACCGCGGUCGCUUCCAAGCAUACAAUCGGAACAUUUCAUAUUAUCACAGCCUUUUUAGUGAUUGCACCUGCAAAAUAAGUCACUAUGGGCCCCAAGAAAGCUUCUAGUGCCAACCCUACAGCAAAAAGGGUGAGAAUUACUAUGGAUAUGAAGAAAGAGAUCAUUGCUAAGUAUGCAAGUGGAGUGCAUGUCUCCGAGCUGGCCAGGCUGUACACAAAACCCCAAUCAACCAUCGCUACUAUUGUGGCCAAGAAAACGGCAAUCAAGGAAGCUGUUCUUGCCAAAGGUGCAACUAUGUUUUCGAAACUGAGAUCGCAAGUGAUAGAAGAUGUUGAGAGACUGUUAUUGGUAUGGAUAAACGAAAAACAGAUAGCAGGAGAUAGCAUCUCUCAAGCGAUCAUAUGUGAAAAGGCUAGGAAGUUGCAUGACGAUUUAAUUAGAAAAAUGCCAACAACUAGUGGUGAUGUGAGUGAAUUUAAGGCCAGCAAAGGUUGGUUUGAGAGAUUUAAGAAUCGUAGUGGCAUACAUAGUGUGAUAAGGCAUGGUGAAGCUGCCAGUUUGGACCAAAAAGCAGCUGAAAAAUAUGUGCAGGAAUUCAAGGAGUACAUAGACAGUGAAGGACUGAAACCUGAACAAGUGUUUAAUGGUGACACUGACAAUGUUGUGAAACACGUUAGGAAUGUCAUAAAGGAACGGGAGGUACAGGCCUCUAUGGGCAGAUAUGUUGCAGAUAUGUUGUGCGACAGAGGUCCAGUGACUCUCAAGCUGGUCCUAGUGGCAUUAAAAGAAGGGAAGUAACCCCGGAAAAGGACUUGCCACCUCAAGUCCUAAUGGAAGGGGAUUCCCCUUCUAAACACUAAGACCAUCAACACACUUCCCUCUUCCCAUCCCAUCAAUCAUCACCAGAUCUUCAAUAAAGGUAAGUGUCAUGUAACUGUGCAUGUCUUCUUCAGUUUGUGUGUAUUAAAAUUAAUAUUUCAUGUGUUAAAUUUUUUUUUUUCAGUACUUUUGGGUGUCUUGCACAGAUUAAUUUGAUUUCCAUUAUUUCUUAUGGGGAAAAUUAACUUGACUAACGAUUAUUUUGACUAACGAUGAGCUCUCAGGAACGGAUUAAUAGUGUUAGUCGAGGGUCCACUGUAUAACACUGUACUUCACAGUGUUAAGACCCAUUCUAUACUGGCUGGGCCUGUCAGGCCUCUGGUGCCAAAUUUGAAGGUAGGAAAAAUAGUGCAUUGAUUGAUGUCAUGAGCAUUAGCAGUAAAACAUGGAUCAACAUUUGGAAAGCUAAAGGGAAAAUUUCACAGCAGUGAGAUGGACAUAAUGACCCUUGGGCCAUCACAACCAUCAUCCCAACAACAACAAACAUGCUCAGAAAUUUGAGAAGCCUUUCUCAUGUUUUUAUAAUUUUUGUUCAUAUUUUCUUGAAUAGCUUGCAUUUAUAUUGUGGAGGGUAUUACUCUUGACAUUUAUUUAGUAAAAAAAAAUCUUGUCUUUGCCUGUAAAAUAUAUUUUUUACUGAGCUGUGGCAGGUAAUACUGCUUUCAUAUGUACAGAAUUGCGUCAACCCUCCCCCACACAUUUCCAGAUCAGCAAGCAAUGACAACUACAGUGAAUAUGUUCUUCUGCGGCCUAGAGCAACUCACGAUGCUUUACCAUCAACUGUAUAAUGUAUUGCAGGAUAAAAAAAAAAAAAAAAAAAAAAAGACCC